AUGAGUGACACUAUUAUAACCAGAUGUGACGACAUCCCAGGGCCAAAAGAGCUCUCCGAAGCCUACGAGCUCGAACUACAAUGCCCAAAUGGCAAGCCGAUCCGGUUCGGUGAGCUAGUAGCUGGGAGAGGAGUCCAGAUCACAACGGUUGUGAUUUUCAUCUCGCGGCGUCUCACCGACUCCGUCCUCUCGACCCUCCCCAACCCCACCGGCCCAUCACAGCUCAUCAUAGUCGGCUGCGGUGACCCGCAGCGCAUCGUUCCCUAUGUGUCAGAGACAGAAGUCACGUUCCCCAUCUACACGGACCCCACAGGGAAGAUCUACGAGAAGCUGCAAAUGAAGAGGACGAAGGCAUGCAUGACUUCACCGCCCUCUUAUGCUCAGCUCUCUUUCUUCUGUGCGCUUGGGCAGACAUUCAAACAGAUGUUUCAUAGUGGGUGGCAAGCGUUUCGAGGGGGACCUUGGGGACAGAACGGCGGCGAAUGGGUGUUUCGAGGGGGCAAGUGCGUUUUUGCCCAUCGGAUGGAACAUGUCUCGGAUCAUUUGACGGCGGAUCAAUUGCUUGAGGUGCUCAGCCUUGAUGAGCCGCGAAACGAAGUAGGAAUUGGGCGAGAUAUGGGUGUUGGGGUACAGUUUGACUGA